GUAAAUAAUACCUCCGUAUUUUAUUAUCUACUUCGAUAGUGCAAUAUUUUUUAAGUUGAUUAUAAAUGGACUUUGUUAAUUGUUAAGUAACCUUGAGACGGUGGUAAUAGUUGCUUUAUUCUAAACCGGCGAUAAUGUUGAAUUUAUACGCCUAAAAACUUAUAAGUUGCAAUUUUAAAUUAAAACCAAUUAAUUCAAAACAACAAAAUUCGUAUUCUUUAUGGAAAAGUUUUAAUUUCAGUAAAUUAUUGUUGAGUAUAUUUCAAACCUUAGUCACAACUACAUCGAUAUAUAUAUUGUAACUCGUUGGACGUACAUAUUAUAUCUAACAUAUAAUUUACGAUCGACUAUAAACAUAGCAAGUGUCUAAGUAUAUAUUUACAUAACUAAGUAUAAAACGACCUCCAGUGCAUACCUAGAAUAAAGGAGUGAUUUAGCAACAUGCCUGUCAUUAAUGUGAACUCACUCAAGUGGUAUGUUAAAUAUAUUGGCUUGCCCCUCAUUUUUAGUGUGAGUAUGUACCGUUUAUGUGGACGGCUAAGAGAUACAAAACGUAGAAAUGCACUGCAGGGAAAGGUUGUUGUCAUAACUGGUGCGAGCUCAGGCAUUGGUGAAGCUUUAGCUCAUGUGUUCUAUGAGUAUGGCUGUAAAGUAGUCCUUGCUGCUAGGAGGAAAACAGAAUUGGAACGAGUAAAAAAUGAUCUAUUGUCAAAGAAAAUUUCUCUCCCGACAGAAGAGCCCAUAGUACUGGAGCUAGAUCUUUCGGAUCUUGAGCAAUUGGAAACUUUUGUUACCAAAGUUCAUGAAGUCUGUGGUGAAAUUGACAUUCUGAUUAAUAAUGGAGGGGUAUCUCAUCGUGGAUCAAUUCUCUACACAAAUCUGGAAGUGGACAAGAAGAUUAUGUUUACCAAUUAUUUUGGUUCUGUAGGUCUUACAAAAGCUGCGUUACCGAAGAUGGUAGAAAGAAAAAGUGGCCAUAUAAUAUUCAUAAGCUCUGUACAGGGCUUGAUAGCAACACCAGAUCGCUCUGCAUAUGCGGCUUCAAAGCAUGCUAUGCAGGCAUUCGGAGACUCACUCCGUGCUGAAAUGCAUCAACAUAAUAUAAAAGUCUCCGUAGUCAGUCCCGGCUACGUGAAGACUGCUGUAUCUAUGAACGCUUUGACCGGAAGUGGUGAAAAACACGCAGUAAUGGACAAGACUACGGCUUCUGGCUUUGAAGCUGAAUAUGUUGCAGAAAAAGUUUUGGAUAUGGUCAUCAAUGGGGAUAAGGAACUUGUUAUAAGUCAAUUUGUGCCAAAUUUGGCGAUCUUUUUAAGACGUUUUGCUCCUUCUGUGUACCAUUGGGCAAUGACUAAAAGGGCUGUGAAGACAGCUUAAAACGAUUAAUUAAUAAUUAUUAAAAUAUGCACACACUGAUUAUAUAAUGUCAAUUCGCAAUAUCAUAGAUGUAAAUAUUAUAUAACAUUUAAAAGGACUUGAUUGUGGCUCAAUAAUAUUUUUUAUAUCAACUAACUUUAGUUUAUAAAUUUAAAUGAUUAUUUAUUGUUAUUUUUAUUAGUAUUUAAUUCAAAAGAAAUGGUUUUAAAUUCUGUUAACUAUUGUGCCUUAUUGUUUUGUUAUUAACAUUCCAAGUGCAUACUUUUAACAAAAAUUCUAUAAAUUUUUAAUCAAAACAUGUAGAUACAAAAUCAAGCAUUAAAUUGUUAUGAAAUAAAAAUCUAUAAUUA